CAUGCAUACGAGUUGAGAGAUAAACAUUUUGUUAUUGUUGUAUUUUAACAAACAAAGGCUAAACGUCGGAUCCAGUUAGACCGCCAAGAGACGUAGCUGGCAUUCAACAUCAGACUAGCUUCGAUAAAUAGAGGACAUUCUCGAUAUGCCAGAAAUAAAAGUAACUCCACUGGGUGCUGGACAAGAUGUUGGUCGCAGCUGUAUCCUUGUUUCCAUUGGAGGCAAGAACAUUAUGCUUGAUUGUGGAAUGCACAUGGGAUUUAAUGAUGAUAGACGUUUCCCAGACUUUUCUUAUAUAACCCAAAAUGGUCGUCUGACAGAGUUCUUGGACUGUGUUAUUAUCAGCCAUUUCCAUUUAGACCACUGUGGGGCUCUGCCCUACAUGAGUGAGAUGGUGGGCUAUGAUGGGCCCAUCUAUAUGACCCACCCCACCAAGGCCAUCUGCCCAAUUUUGCUUGAAGACUUCCGGAAGAUCACUGUCGACAAAAAGGGAGAGACGAACUUCUUCACUUCACAAAUGAUCAAAGAUUGUAUGAAGAAAGUGAUACCGUUGAACCUUCACCAAACAGUCCAGGUGGAUGAUGAGCUGGAGAUCAAGGCUUACUAUGCAGGCCAUGUGCUGGGAGCUGCUAUGGUGCAUAUUAAAGUGGGAUCUCAGUCUGUCGUUUACACUGGGGAUUACAACAUGACACCAGACAGACAUUUAGGGGCUGCAUGGAUUGACAAGUGCCGUCCAGACAUCCUUAUCUCAGAGUCCACAUAUGCCACAACCAUCCGUGACUCAAAGAGAUGCAGGGAGAGGGACUUCCUAAAGAAAGUGCAUGAAACCAUAGAGAGAGGUGGAAAGGCACUCAUUCCAGUUUUUGCCUUAGGAAGAGCACAGGAACUCUGUAUCCUAUUGGAAACAUUUUGGGAGAGAAUGAACCUGAAGGCCCCCAUCUACUUCUCUACUGGUCUGACAGAGAAAGCCAAUCACUACUACAAGCUAUUCAUAACAUGGACAAACCAAAAGAUUCGUAAAACGUUUGUGCAGAGAAAUAUGUUUGAAUUCAAGCAUAUCAAGGCCUUCGAUCGCUCAUAUGCAGAUAAUCCUGGACCAAUGGUUGUGUUUGCUACGCCAGGUAUGCUGCAUGCUGGUCAAUCUUUACAAAUAUUCAAGAAGUGGGCAGGCAACGAGAAGAAUAUGGUAAUCAUGCCUGGGUAUUGUGUGCAAGGGACAAUUGGGCACAAAAUCCUGAAUGGGCAGAGGAAACUGGAGAUGGAGGGACGAGCAACGCUGGAUGUGAAGCUACAGGUGGAGUACAUGUCCUUCAGUGCCCAUGCAGAUGCUAAGGGAAUCAUGCAGCUCAUUCGCAUGGCAGAACCUCGUAACAUGCUUCUGGUACAUGGAGAGGCUGCAAAGAUGGAAUUCCUUAAGGGCAAAAUUGAACAGGAGUUCAGCAUAAACUGCUACAUGCCAGCCAAUGGAGAGACAGCAACUAUAACCACUAACCCCAGCGUGCCAGUGGAUAUCUCACUAAACUUGCUGAAGAGAGAAAUGGCUCUUGGAGGAUCCCUGCCUGAUCCUAAGAAACCUCGCACCAUGCAUGGAACCCUGAUCAUGAAAGAAAAUAGUCUGAGGUUGGUGUCUCCAGAGCAGGCCCUGAAAGAGCUGGGCCUCAACGAACACCAGUUGCGUUUCACCUGCCGUGUGCAACUUCAAGAUCCCCACAGUGAUCCUGACACACUCCACCGAAUCUACACACACUUGAAGAGUGUGUUAAAAGGUUACACUAUCCAGCACCUUCCCGAUGGCACGGUCAUGGUCGAGUCGAUAGUCAUCAAAGUUUCCUCUUCAGCUGAAGACACCAAUGCCAAGGUUCUUCUUCUGUCUUGGAGUUAUCAGGAUGAAGACCUAGGAAGCUUUCUUUCCACUUUGCUGAAAAAAGGACUUCCACCUGGAUUGUGCUGAAGUAUUACAGUAUUACCCAACUCUAAGCUAUGUAUAAAGUUAGAGGGAAAAAAAACCCCACAC